GGCCUCAGUUGCUGAAGCUGUCCGUGAAUUUGUAGCAACGAACUUAAGGCUCAAUCAAAACAUGUCUACAGUGGCGUCAACGUUAUCUUUGAAUUCGUCAAAAAAUGACUCAACUUUGAAAGUUAGCGAGAGAGUGAAGCUUGUUUCACUAAUACGAGCAUGGAGGGCAAAAUAUGACAAGAUGCAUACGGCGGCCCAACGUCAUCGUGACGUCAUAGAAACGUUGAAACAAGAAAUAAAACAGAUAAAAGAAGAAAGGGACAGGGUAAAUGGUCACUUGACUGCCGAGCUGGAAAAAGAAAAAAAUGUCAACAACGCCGAAAUGGGAAGACUAAGAGAGCAGGCAGACACAGCACAGAAGGAAGCUGCCAUUGAAUCCCGGAUUCUUAAAGAGAAACUUCAUAAACUACAAACUGAUACUAAGCCUAUUAUAGACACAUACAAGGAACGCGAUGCAAAAAUGAACUCGAAAAUUGAAGAAAUGACCGAAACACUGCAGAAGCUAACCGAAGAAAGACAAACUCUUGAAAAGGAACUCGAAAACUUAAAAUCUGACAGUCAAAAACAAAUUGAAGAAGUUAAAAUUGAAAACGAAGUGUUAAAGACAAGAUACCAAGAUAAAAUGCAGGAAGUUAAACAACAUAUUGCGCUCAGCGUUGCUCAAAUACGCAGGAAAGCAGAAGAAGAGUCUAUGACGUCACAAAACCAAUUAAGAGAGGAAUUCGAUAGAAAAUAUGAGACUUUACAAACUAGAAGCAACCAUUCGGUUAAGGUAGUCGAGAUACAGCUGCAGGCUGAUUUCCAACGUAAAGUCAAAGAAAACGAACAAAAAUUUGAAGAACAAAAAUGCGCCCUUGCCCAACAUUAUGAAGUUGAGUUAAAAACAUGCAGAAAAAAACUCGAACUUACGAAAUCGAAGUACAGGCAAUCAAGUAAAGAAAACCAACGACUGCACGAAGCUCUUGCAACAACUAGAAACAAACUACAAAUUAUGAGAACAAACCUCGGAAGCGACGUAUAUGAUGAUGUUCUACAAAAUCACCAACAACACGUUAAAGCUGUGGUUUCGAGGAAGAACCUUCUCACCGAGCUCGCAAUGCGCAUGCGCGAAAUUCGUGAUCUGCGCAGAGAGCUAGAACGACAUGAACGAAACCAGAAGUUUGGCGCCGAUGUCAGGUGGCAGGAAGAAGGCAUAAAGUUAGAGAUUCUACACAGCGCUAAAAUCGCAGAAAUCGACGAGCUGAAGAAAAUGAUUCGGCAAAAGCAAGUGGAAUCAAUUUACAAAUCUAGAGCUACGCUGCGACCUCAACCGAUUGAAACAGUUUUAAAAACCCCGGAUUUAGGUUCCUUCGUCCACAGCGAUUACCACAGCAAUCUCCCAGUUAGAACCAGCCUAUCAGCAGGCGCGAAUUCGAAUAGAAGAGGCCAGGAGAGGCUGAAGCCUCCAAAACAAAAACAAAAGAGAAAAAUCGAUAAAACCAAAGUAGAAGACAGGUCAGCCUGGCUUACAAGGAAAAACAGCACUAUCCAGUUUAAUCCAGUUACUGGCGGUGAAGCGAGGCAAAAUAUGCAGAUUCGGAGACAAAUGAAUGAUAACCGUGAAACUACGUUUCAGCUGCAACAUUUAUAACAUGUAUUAUAGUGGUCCUUAUUUGCUUUGCAUAUAGUAGUGUGGGUUAGAUAGAUACCUUUAAAAGAUAAUACUCCCUUAACGUGUUUUUAACAACGAACAACACCCUUUCAGAGUCGGUGGGCUACGAUUUUGCUUAAUUCUUUAAAUGUCCAUUGUUUUUCACGAAAUGGGAUGAGAAAGUAGUAUAAAACCAUCUUACCCCAACCUAAGUAUGAUGUACCAUCUUACCCCAACCUAAU